GUGUCUACGUCCACACACAUGAGUGCACUCUCCACAAAAGAAAUGAGCAGACGCAAUUUAUGUUGCCAUACCUCAUGAGUAAUAAUUGCCAAUAGUUUUUAACCUCAAUUCGAAAAAAGAAGGAAUAAAGAAAGCAUACUAAAGCAACAGAAAUUUCACGGAGAUCUCUCUUCGCGCACAAUGGUGGACAGACGCCUGCAUUGCCUUUUUGCCCUACUUUGCUUCUUAACCCUUUCGCGAAUCUCCUCGUGUAAAGCAGCGACUGGAGGUUUUUGCUCGUUUAACAAUGACUUCAUUCGAGAAAGACACAAUGAUUUGCGGUUGAAGCAUAACGCCGAUCCGUUGCGCUGGAGCACACAGCUGGAAAAGGCGGCAAGCGCUGAAGCCAAACUGAUAAAGGAGAUCUCCAAUUGCACUGUCAUGGUGAACCAAAUGAAUACAAAUUAUUUUACCAUUUCGCCCAACAGCAAAAUUGAAACAGCCGUCGAUACAUGGUAUGAAGGCAUUAACAACUAUGACUUUGAGUUAGGGCCCAUCCGCCGGGGGGAUGACACCCACAUCGGGUGCUCCAGUGCCUGCUGCGGUAACAGGGGGGUUUUAAUUUGUAAAUAUGACAGCCACACCAAUCAGCCAGGUCAUUUCGCCGAUAACGUUGGGACGCUUGACCCAAUGUUCGUUUGGGAAAACUUCACAUUCGAGCCGGAACAAAGACGACCAGACAGUGAGCCAAGUCAGAAUGGUCUCCCCCCUUCGCCCAUUUCAUAAACAGAUUUGUGCAUAUAUUGACAAUUUAAAACGUUUCGCACAAAAUUGGGGGUAAAAUGCAGUUAAAAUUGUGCAAUUUGCUUGAAGCAUAUUCCAUUUUGUGU